AUGGCAAUCAGUAGCAAGGCAAACGUGCUUCUGGUGGGAAGCGGAGGCGUCGGGACGAUGGGCGCCUACGCGCUCGAAUCGGGAGGCCUGGCCGAAGUCACGGCUGUGCUGCGGUCCAACUUCAGCACGGUCAGCGAAAAGGGCUUCGAUAUCUCGUCGAUCGACCACGGCGAGGUGAAGGCGUGGAAGCCGAAAAAGAUCGUCAGCCAGGUCCCAGACGUGUCGGAUGAGGGUGUUGUCCCAUUUGACUUUGUGGUGGUGUCGACGAAGAACGUAGCGGACGUGUCGCCGACGGUGGUGGACAUUAUCGCGCCAGCCGUGACGGCUGGCCACACGGCCAUUGUGCUGCUGCAGAACGGACUGAACAUCGAGGUGCCGGUGAUCGCGGCAUUUCCGCAAAAUGUCGUCAUCUCGGGCGUUUCGCGCAUCGGCGCGGCCGAGACGAGUCACGGCGUGAUCGUGCACAACGACCGGGACCGGCUGCACAUUGGCCCGUUUGACAACGCGAACCUGCCGGCGGAGCUGCAGACGGCCACGGCGCAACGAUUUGCCACCAUGUACGGGGCCUCGGGCAAGGUGGUGGUGGAGUUUGGCGCGACAGCGCAAGAGGUCGCCUGGACGCGGUGGCGGAAGCUGAUCUACAAUGCCUGCUACAACUCGAUUGCGGCCGUGACGCUGCUGGACUCGGGGCGUCUCCGCCUGGCCCGGUCGCCCGUCGUGGAGCUGCUGCGACCGGCUAUGCUGGAGAUUGUGGCCAUUGCCAAGGCCCAGGGCCAUGUGCUGCCGUUGGAACUCGUCGAAGAGAUCAUCGAGGCUGAGCCGAUCGAGAUCUACUUCAAGCCGAGCAUGCAGCAAGACGUGGAAAAGGGAAACUAUACCGAGUUUGAGAACAUUGUGGGCGAGCCACUUCGGACGGCUCGGAAGCUCGGCGUUCCUGCGCCGACUUUGACGGUUCUGUAUGGGAUCCUGCGGGCUAUGCAAUGGCGCACAAAGGAGCAGAAGGGCUUGAUUACUUUAGAGUCCGCCCGAGCCCAAUUGGCAUGA